CGUAUAAAAAACCGUAUGUGCCUCGAUUACAGUUAACCAUGACUUUCCUCUUAUCAAGAACAUUUGUUUCUCUCACACUCAGACCUUCUUCUUCUUCUUCGAUCUCCAUGGCGAAUCUCACCACCAACGCCAAAUCUCGCCUCAGAGGCGUCGUAUUCGACAUGGACGGAACUCUAACGGUGCCGGUCAUCGAUUUCGCCGCAAUGUACAGGUCCGUCUUAGGUGAAGACGAGUACAAGCGCAUCAAGGCGGAGAGCCCUACCGGAAUCGACAUUCUUCACCACAUAGAGUCGUGGAGCGUCGAUAAACAGCAGAAGGCGUAUGAAACUAUCGCCGAUUAUGAGAAACAGGGAAUCGAUAAGCUCCAAAUCAUGCCCGGGGCUGCUGAACUAUGUGGCUUUCUUGAUUCCAAAAAGAUAAAGAGGGGGCUGAUUACACGCAAUGUUAAGAAGGCUAUUGACAUCUUCCACCAACGUUUUGAGGUUAUCUUUACUCCGGCACUGGGCAGAGAGUUUCGUCCGUAUAAGCCAAACCCUGACCCUUUGCUGCACAUAUGUUCUACAUGGGAUAUCCCACCUAACGAAGUCAUGAUGGUUGGUGACAGCUUGAAAGAUGAUAUAGCAUGUGGGAAAGGAGCUGGAGCCUUCACAUGCUUGCUAGAUGAAACCGGAAGGUAUGGACCAGAUGAUUUUUCUGUCACCGGACUGCAUCCUGAUUUUAAGGUUGAUUCCCUGUCCAAAAUUCACAACUUGUUGGAGACAAACUUCGACUUGAGCCCAUAGUUUCUCUUAUUUUCCAAGGUUAUGUCUUGUAGUCUCAAUGACCAAAGUAUUCUUCUACUUAGCACAAAGGCUGUAGUUUGCAGCAGAAUCACUAUUGUAAGAGAGAUAAUGGCAUUGCACAGUUUUCUAUCUGUUCAGGAUAGCCAUAAAUAUUAAAUGACAAGAGCUCUAUUCACUCGCCA